UGGGCAAACGCAAAGCGGUACGCAGCAAGUGGAUCGACAAGCGGUUCACCGAAUAGGCAAAACAGCGGACGACUUUUUUGGAGAGAGGCACCUUUCUCUUCAUUUUCCCCCCCUUCUCAGCCGGGCGAAAAAGACAAGGCGUUCAAUUCUCACGGGAAAAUUUUGUUCACUUAAAAUUGUCGUCCUCCUGUAAGGGUAGACAUACAGACGUACAUACUAUAUACGCACGUGCGUGGAUAUAUAGCCCCCCCUACCACAUCCCCCGAGGGCACACACGAUGAAGGGGGGGGGCCUCGGCGCGAUUCUUCUCCCACUGCUACUCCUGCUGAGCGGCCAUGGCACGGCUGACUACGGAAUCAAAACGAACAAGCUGACCUUCCUCUCCCAAUCGGAACAUUGCAAAAAAGAAAUCAGCCUCUACGAAGAAGGGAACUCAUUUUUCAUACGAAACAAGGAAAACACAUAUUUGGAGGUCCAAGAGAAGGUGACAGCCGCAGGGAGCUUGAAUGUGUUUGGCACUGUCCACACGAAUGAGUACCGCGCGUUUGAGCAAUCGCAGUGGGCUUUGCACCACCUGGACACCUUCGACCGGAAGGGGAGCGCCUGGACCCCCUCGGACAUCAGCACAUGCGGGAAUUCCCCCGACACCUUUCUGGGCGGACCCUGCAUAUUCGGCGCCCUGGAGGCCAACACCACCGUUAGAGACAUACCAAAGCACAGCGCACUGAAAAUCAAAUUAAGGGUUCACUUCUUCGAUGCCUGGGAAGGCGAUUCGCUGUUUCUUCAAGCUGAUAGGAAGACCGUCUGGGCGGAAUCAUACAAAUCGAACCCUGUGGAAAAGGUAACAUCAGGCCGGGGUGGCAAUGUAGAUCUACCCUGUUGGGGCCCUGGUGAAGGAAUAAACCUUUGCGGGAAGGAGACUCCCGACCGCUUAUCGGUCCCCGUGGACGUCGAAUUCGAGCACUCCUCAGACACAGUUAGCAUACUGAUUGGAAGCACUUUAAAAAAAACAAACGAUGCCUGCACCACCUCGUGGGGGGUGGACGACCUGCACGUUUACUACAAAUAG